GUUGUUGUGGACCUACUUUCACUGUGACAGCUUCACCGAUGAUGCGUUAGAGUCCACCAGCCCAGCUAGGUACUACUACUCGAAGUGUACCACACCACACCACACCACCAACCGCCAUCGCUCCCGCCACCACACCCGCUCCCUUCACGCGAAUCGUCCCGACCUCGCCAGCACCCUCCGCGUCCGAUUGCCACCCUGCAAACACCGGACCUACCUUAAUAGCUCCACCUAUCUCCGUACCUACUCGCGCCCCACGCAACCUCAGCCCGUCGCUGCAGCGACCAUGUCCCUAGAAUCUGCGCUGGAUGAAGAGAGGAGGGAGGUCAUGGCCCUUUUGGAGGGGAGGAGGCCCCCUCCACCGCGGCCGGGCCGUGCUGAAAGCCCUUCCCUCGCUGCCCGCGCGCAAAGCCCCGCCACCACCGCGUCGCCGGUCCGCAGCAUGCUUGAUAUUGGAGGUCCGCCCACUCCACGCAGCAUGCUCGAUGCCGUCUCACGGCCGGGUGCCCGCAGCAGCAGCCGCGGGUCCAUCCCUUCGUCUCCCCCGCCCUCCGGUCGAAGCAUGAUGAGCCCGACAAUCAAUCCAGAAGAGGCAUACCAGUUCGAGAUGCUGCCGACUAUAGAAGCGCAUUCCAUGCCCAAGCGUGUCUCGCAAGGCGGCAAGAAGAGCGCCAAGCCCCGUGCCAUGUCGUCUGUAUACGGGGAGUCGUCUGGCCUGCUGGCUUCGCCGAGAGAGCGGGAGCGACAGAGCUCAUUCGGCGGCUUCCUAGGCAAACAAAAGUCGGGCUCGCCUGUGCCGGGCAGGUCGGCGUCACCCGGAGGCCGAAUGCUCAACACCAAUUCCUUGAACCUGAUGCCCACGCCGCACAAGUACGUGACGGAUUCUGGAAAGGUCAUCGAUAUGGCAAGCGCCUAUCGUAGGCUGUCGGAUGCCGCGCUGUUGCGAUCUGGGGGAGGCCUCUCGACAUUACCAGUCCGCAAGGGGUCGGAUCCCACAAAGGGGGAGUCUCUUGCACCCGGCGGCGGCGUACGCCUAGAAACGGACGAUUUCGGCGAAGAUGAAGCUGUAGUUGAAUCAAGCGAAAACGAGGAUUCCGAGGAUACAGACGAUGGAUGGACAGCACAGAAACGGCGAGGUAGACGGCGUACUAGACAGAACGACGGUGCUGGGAAGCACGGGACGGACAAGAAAGUGCCAAAGAGCCUCCUUGCUGCGGCCGAGGAGGAGCGUAAAGACGUAUCUGCCAUCUACAAGGUGCGGUCAUUGCUCGAACCGAGUGUGACGGUCACCGGACCGGAUGGUUCCACCAUGGCUGGUGAGAAGAUGACGAGCAAGAAAACCGGGGUGCACCCACACACGAGCUUCGAUCAAGGGGGCUCCGGGCUCUCUACUCCCUACAAUUCUGACACAGAAGCCGACAUUUCCGAGAUCAAGUCUGCCCAGCAGUUGGCUAUGAAUAUCUCGCCCAUUCAUUCCAGUCCUGAGGCCCAUCGAUGUGUGCGUCAGAUCAUUCGUGGAAAUUUUGGCAAGUUCCUAGAUGACGCCGAAAAGGGGCUUCGACGCCAGCGCGUAUACCUGGUCGCAACCGACCUGAGCGAGGAAGCCGCGUAUGCGUUGGAGUGGACGAUUGGGACUGUGCUGCGAGACGGCGAUACUCUGCUUGCCGUCUAUGCAGUGGAUGAAGAGACGGGCGUUGGCGGCACGGACACUCCUGGUGCUGUCGCUAUCACAGCCCAGCAGGAGUCCGAUUCGCUUAUGAAGACACUUUCGAACCGUCAAGGUCUAUCAGCUGAGGGGCCCGGACCCUCACCUUUGUCCAACAACGUGUCAGCUUCGGAUGUCGAUGUCAACACCAUGGGCAAGGCCGAGAAGGAACGAUAUCAGGCUACGGUGGAAGUGUCCGAUCGUUGUGUCAAGUUGCUUCGCAAGACUCGCUUGCAGGUUCGGGUCGUUGUCGAAGUAUUCCACUGCAAGAGCCCGAAGCACAUGAUUACGGAAGUGAUCGACUUCCUUGAGCCCACGCUGGUGAUACUCGGAUCAAGAGGUCGCAACGCUCUGAAAGGUGUGUUACUUGGUUCUUUCAGCAAUUAUCUUGUCACGAAAUCAUCCGUUCCGGUUAUGGUGGCCCGGAAACGCCUUCGCAAACACAGCAAAUACAAGCGAAAGAACCUGCGUCUAUCCAAUGUCAUCUCAAAUCCGACUGGGCGGCUUGCAAACGCCAAGAUCGAUUGAUAUGUUCUGGAG